AUGAACACUCCCAAUGAACAGGAUUUCAGCUACAUCGGCGGGCAGUUCCCGGCGAUCAACAUCAAGGGAGCUGACCUCGAGCUCGAGCUCCCCAAUGACCACCCUCUGCGUGCAGAUCUCCUUCCAGGCCAUCUCCCGGCCGAUGGCUCCUCCUCUUCCUCCUCCUCCAUCAUCGCCUAUUUGAACGAACCGGAGGCGGCCCAGCCAUGGAGCCCCCUCCGUGCCUCCAACCCCCAGUAG